UCCCCCGUCCGGGGCAGAGCCGGGGCCGCGGGUUCCUGCAGUAGAGGCGCCGAGCCGAGCUCCCGUCCGCGGGAGCGGAGCCGCUCGAGCCCCCGUGCCACCUGCAGCCGUGCCGUGGCUAACGCCAGUCACUGGCUAGCGGGCACGUUUGUUGACUUAAGUGAUGGGCAGAUGGCUUUCGUGCCCUCAGAUGCUCUGGGAGCCUCUCUAGCAUUAAAGAUUGGAAAACAAGACUGAGCUACUUCCUGCAGAACUCCUCCAAUGCUACUAAAAUGAAAUCUAAGCAAGUGGGGAAACACCGCACCUACUUCAGACCUUCCCCUGAAGAAGCCCAGCUGUGGUCAGAAGCCUUUGAUGAACUUCUUGCUAAUAAGUAUGGUCUUGCUGCUUUCCGAGCUUUUCUGAAGUCUGAGUUCUGUGAAGAGAACAUUGAGUUCUGGUUGGCCUGUGAGGACUUCAAGAAAACCAAGUCACCCCAGAAGCUGACAUCAAAAGCAAAGAAAAUCUACAAUGACUUUAUUGAAAAGGAGGCUCCCAAAGAGAUAAAUAUAGACUUCCAAACCAAGAACAUGAUUGCACAGAAUAUUCAAGAAGCCACACACACGUGCUUCAGCGCAGCACAGAAGAGAGUUUACAGCCUAAUGGAGAAUAACUCAUACCCACGCUUUUUGGAAUCUGAAUUCUAUCAGGAGCUGUGCAAGAAGACACCCAUCACCAGAGCAGCCCAGGGCACAUGAGUGAUGGAGAAGAGUGGGAAGAAGCCUCUCAGCCAAUGAGGAAGCAAACCACAGCUGUGGCAGCAUCCUGACCUGAAGACCAAGAUACCAAGUGCUCACGCUGUUUGCCACAGUGCAAGAACAAAUACUGACUUUGGUGCAAUGCUGAUGGCAAAGAGUGACCCUGCUGCAGGGCAUUCAGAGGUGAUGGCAGAAGCAUGCUGGCCAGCUGCUGGCAGCAAGCUUCUCUGCCAGUGCGGCAGGGAAAGGUGACUCUGUUCUACCAACCUGUAUGGUGUGAGUCCUUCUGUCACACUCGAGGUGGCAAGGCAGCAGUCUGGAACAGAGCUUCCUCCUUGUAAACAGGAGCUGCUCUGUACAGUUGCACAGUGCUGGGAGCUUGAGUUAUUGGUUCUGUGUUUGUUUUUCCUAAACAUCAACGGCUCUUGCAGUCAUCAGUCACUUGGUGUGUUCACACUGGUUCUGUAAACUGCCUCUAACUGCAAAGAGAUGUGUUGGGUUUCCACACAUAACAGCACCAUGCAGCAACGGAGGGAUAGAACUCUGUUCCCAGAGGAACAGGUUCUGCAACUCAAGCAGGGCUGAGUUGUCAGUGCAGCUGCACGAGGCCAGACAGAGGGCAAAAUGUGACCAAGGUGAACAGGAGCUGUACAGUACUGUAUUUAUAUAUGGAUUGAUUGUGUUGAAUGCUGCAGUAUCAUAAUUCUGUCUUGAAGACAGCAAGCUUCAGUGAAGUCUCUUACUGUUUUUAAUAAACUAUUUUGAUACAAAA